CCAAACGAGUCAAGUCGGGCUACAAAGCAAGCCUCCACGCCUCCUGUGUCCUCUUCCUACUAUGUAUAGCAUACCCUAGAGUUCCUAUUCCUUAACGUCCACCUCGACUAGGCCCUCUAGGCGGUUUAACUUGAAAGCGUCUCCUGCCUUCCAAAGCCACCGUCCACGGCAAUUUUUUCAUACACACAACCCUCGACGAGCCCCUGUAACCCCAUACUAUCCCUAGGCCAUUCUUGAUACCCAGCUCAAAGCACAUACACAAUGGGCGAUUUCCAGGGGCCCUUUAAGAUGACACAGGCGCAAUUCGAUAACUGGGACAGGAUAUUUGAACCUCUGUUCGAUGAGGAGACUAGACGAGAGGUGGAGCAGAGGAAGGCGGAGGCGGAACGGGCGGAGAUGCUGAGGCAAGAGGAGGUGAGGAGGAGGUUGCUGGCUGAGCAGCAGGCUGCACAGGCGAGGGAGGCGGAGAGGGUGAUGCAGGGAACUGGAACUGGGAGUGCGAAGAAGGCGGAGGAGAUGCGGGGAAGGUCCGGUCGCAGUUCCACUGAGUCCCUCAUACAUUCCACAACCCCCUACCGCAACACGAACGAGCCCACACUUCCGAAAGACUUUUCUAAAUCUCAGUACCGCGCUCUAGGUCAGUGCAAACAGCCUACGCCGCGAACAUCACUAAACGUCAGAAUCAGCAACGCUACGACCGAGCUUAUCCACCUUAGCUCCACGUUGAAGCGAAUUGUAUACUCAACAAAGCAUCAUCCGCCACCGAAUAUCGCUAGCACCAAACGAAGCGAUCCAUUGGAUUUCAAAACAAUGCCGUAUGACAAUGUGCUGGCGAUUAACGAAAUGCACGAAUUCGAUUGGAGAAUGAUAGCGAAGGAGUACGACAGGAACUGUGGAAACGAGGACAUGUGUGGACCGCAGCAACAGCAGCAGCAGCCUCCAGAGGAGCAGGCUGCGCCUGCGAAUGCGUUGAUCGAGUCGCUUAAGCCCGUGAAGCCGGACCCGACGCUGGCAGAGACUGGGCGGGAGGACAGCGAGUCGAAGGGAUGUGGCAUGUGUGUGAUUCUUCUUCACCUUUUGAGUCAUGGCCUCUACUGUGUCACCAGCACUGACCUUGAAGUCCGGCACCGUGCGGAGUCUCGACACCAGAACACGACAAACCAAGGACUGGCCCUAGAUACCCCGCAUUCUUUAUCUGCGCAAAUGGUCUACUAUAUUUCUUUCUUCACAUACCGGCCUCAGACUCGUACCCAAAGUCGAAUCAAAAAUACCACCACCGAGAACUCGUACGACCUGCUGAGACUAGAACAUGCGAUACUACACAAAACAAGAAAAGAAGCAGAUGAAGGGGGAGAACAAAACCUGAAAGAGGCCGUCGAGCAGCUGGCUCGGCAAUGACCGGGGGAGACAGGGCUUGAUCCACCGACACAGGAGGACAGAGGUUAUGCUGGAGGGUGCUUUGAGAGUCAGGUGCGGAGUAGAGACAAGGCGUAUCGGAAGAAGGAGUUUAGGGGUGGAAACUCUGUGAUAUUGUACGCCCAAGGACGCGGUGAUCAGCUUGGAUACGUAGCUUUGGUCUCUGGAAAGGAGAGUUGAGCGGAGGGAAUGUGAGGUUGUUGAAAGAGACAAUCCCUUUGUUCUCCUUCCUUCAGCACCUAGGACAAAGAGCCGCAUCAGACAGACUUGAAACACCCUCCUUUUGUCGUUGAACACCUUUAAAAGCCUCAGUGGGAACGCCCCUACUCAUCUAAACACUUCUUAGAAACUUGGACCAGAAUGCAAACCAAACGGCC